AUAAGUGAUAGAAACAUCAGAACUGAGCCAUUUUGUAAGAUCAAGGAGUCGGAACGUGUUAUAAUAGUGUAUUGCUUGAAUAUUAAUAAUAAUAUACAUAUUCGGCAACAUGUUAAAAUGGCUGGUGCUCAUACCAGCUUUGCUGGCGACUGUUGUCGGUGAUGUGCCACUUGAUUCUAACGAAUUGGUAACCCGAAAUGAUGAGCCACUCGAUUAUCGUCUACCUGAGGAUUUGGAUCCAAUACAUUAUGAUGUAGAAGUGACGCCUUAUUUUGAAGAAGCACCAGCGGAUAAGGAACCAUUUACUUUUGACGGUGUUGUAACAAUCGCUAUAAGGGCAGUAAAAGAUAACCUUAAUAGUUUGAUCAUCCAAGAAAAUGUGAGAGACAUAAUAUCCGUAAGUUUAUCGAUCAACAGUACAGGAGUUCCAGUGCUUUUAAACCAAACGAACCCAUUUGAACGGAUUCGUCAGUUCUUUUUCUUAAGAGUCAAUUUAGCUGACGGUGUAACGUUAGAAAAUGGAGAAGUUUAUUCAUUAAGGAUCGUAUAUAUAGGAAAUAUCAAUGAGACGCCACUUUCAAGAGGUGUUUUCAGAGGCAGUUAUAGAGACAGAAAUGGAAAAUUACAUUGGUACGCUGCGACCCAUCUUCAGCCUGUAAACUCCAGACAGGCGUUUCCCAGUUUUGAUGAGCCUGGAUUUAAGUCUACAUUUAACAUUAUCGUUAAUAGACCAGCACAUUUCGGGGAAACCUACUCAAAUAUGCGACUUAGAGAGAGCUAUCCCGAGGGAGAUCGUGUGAAAGAGAUUUUCCAUACCACCCCAAGAAUGUCAGCCUACUUGAUCACUUUCCACAUCAGUGAAGAAUUCACUGUCAUUGCUGAUAACAAGAAUUAUCAAGAGUCAUACCGUAUCUUGGCUAGACCUGAAGCUCAAGGCCAGGGCGAAUACGCUUUGGAAGUCGGACCACCUAUUACAAAAUGGUUGGAGAAUUACUUCAAUAUUAGUUACUACUCUAUGGAAGAGGGCAUGAAGAACGAUCAGAUCGCAUCUCCCGAUUGGGCAUCUGGAGCUACAGAGAAUUGGGGCUUGGUGACAUAUAGAGAACUUCGUCUGCUGUACGAAGAGGGCGAAACAAAUUCUGUGGAUAAACUGAAUAUAGGGACGAUAACAGCGCAUGAACUCGCUCAUAAAUGGUUCGGCAAUUUGAUCACAUGUAAAUGGUGGGAAAAUGUAUGGAUGAAUGAAGGGUUUGCCAGUUACUUCGAAUAUUUCGCUAUGGAUGGGGUCGACAAGUCUCUGGAACUCGAAGAUCAGUUCAUACUUAUGUAUUUACAAAGUUCUUUGUCAUCUGACGCCUCUGCUAAUACGAGAGCGUUACGUCACACCGUCAACAGCCCAGCCCAGGUCACUGGCCACUUCUCAGGUAUCAGCUACUCCAAAGGAGCAUCUUUCUUGCUCAUGUUGAAGCAUUUCUUAGGAGAAGACACCUUCAAAGCAGCUCUGCAGAGAUUUUUAAUAGACAGGUCUUAUGAGAAUGCAAUCCCAGAAGAUCUGUAUCGUGCCUUUGCAAUAGAGGUUUCAAAUAGCCAACAAGUCACAAAUGUUGAUAUAGAAGCAUUCAUGCAGUAUUGGGUGGACGAACCCGGAUAUCCAGUCCUGAACGUUGAUGUUAAUACAAAUACUGGUCUUAUAAGUCUUAAACAGGAACGAUUCUUCAUCAGUGCUACAGCUGAACCAACAGACCAGGUGUGGCCAUUGCCCUUAACAUUCACCACUAGUAACAACACCAAUUGGAAUGAUCUGACUCCUAGACACUUGAUGACUGAUCAAACUUAUGAGAUCCAAUUGGAACCUGGACUGGAAUGGGUUAUUUUCAACGUGCAACAAAAAGGUAUAUAUAGAGUAAAUUACGAUACACAAAAUUGGGAAAGGCUUGCAACUGUUCUUAAAAGCGACUAUAACAACAUUCAUCAUUUGAACAGAGCUCAGAUAGUUGACGAUGUGUUUGCACUCAUGAGGUCCGAGCGGAUACCAUAUUUACUUGGAUUCCGUGUCAUUGACUUCCUGAAAGAAGAUACCAGUUUCUACUCGUGGUAUCCGGCUAUAUCCGGUUUUAACUGGCUACGUAAUCGGUUUCUACAUUUGCCUGGUACUUUAGCACAAUUUGAUGAUCUUCUUUACCAAUUCCUAGAUGCAGUUGUUCAAGAUCUUGGAUAUGUUGGCCAGCCUGGUGAACGUUUUACCAGAACCCUCAAUAGGUUCCAUAUUUUGUCCUUCGCUUGCAAUAUCGGUUACCCAGGUUGUCUUAGUAACGCCACGGAACAGUAUAACGCAUUUAAGACUGCAAAUGUAAACGUGGACCCUAACCUACGUCGCCACGUGUUCUGCACGGGCUUACGGCAGGGAGAUUAUGACGACUGGAGUAACAUGAGGACUCGAAGGCUGAACUCCAAUAAUCAAGCUGAUGAGGUUGUUAUGCUGCGAGCCUUGGGCUGUACUAAAGACGAAAGGGCCAUUCGAGAGCACUUGGAGAAUAUUCUGACCGAGGAAGUCAAGGCUCAAGAUAGGAGCAAUGCCUUCACUUUCCUUUACAUGGGCAGUCAAGAGAAUGCAAACGUCGUACUUCAGUUUUUCAAAGAGAGAUUUGAUGAUAUCAGAAGAGCGGUUGUCUUACAAUCGUCGUUUGAAGGCGUCAUCAGUAACAUAGCAUCGUAUUUGAAUGAAGAGGGUCUGAAUGAUAUGGAAAACUGGCUUCGUGAAAACCAAUCGAACAUUCCAGAAUACAAUGUUGGUAUAAACGCAAUUGCAUCAGCUAGAAACAGCAUGCAGUGGGGCACCGAUCGAGCUGAGCUGAUCAUUUCAGCAUUGAGAGGAUCAGCGUCAGUCAUGAUGUUAUCCACAACAUUGUUGAUUAUCAGUCUGAUGAUUGUUAUGUUCAGAUAAAAUAAUAUUUCUUAAUGUAAAUAUAUGUAAAUGAGAUUUAAUAUGUUGUUGUUGGUUUAUAUAUUUUGCUUUUUGUUUUUUUUUUGUUUUGUUACUUUUUUUUAAUUAUUUAUUCUUUUAUCUCUUUUACUGUGUAUUAUGUGUAUGUUUAUAUUGUAAUUUGUGAGCUGUAAGUAAUGUAAAUAAAUUAUCUAUCUAUCUAUCUAUACCACUUAUGUUAUUCUACUUGAAUGAAUAAUUUAAAAUAAAGGAACAAUGAUUAAUGUGAUAAAAACAAUAAUAUUAUAUAAUUAAAGGGUACAUAUUGAUUAUUAAGUAAAUAGAACAUGUACAGUUACUGUUUGAUAUGACAUUAACAAUUAAACUUGAGAUAUGAUAAAGUGAAACGUUGCUCAAAUGCAAAUUGUUGUAAUUUUCAAAACAACGUCAUAGCUACAUCUUGCAGAUUUUUGUUUUAUUGAUAAGGAGGUCCAAGGAGCCAGAAAUAAAAUUCCUUCUAUACACAAGCGAUUUAACUUUUAUAUAACUUCAAAACUAAUUCUUAGAAAUAAUUCUUAGGAGCACACACACACUUGUUCAUUUGUCGUCCAUCUUAAUCUUUCUCUCCAACCGUUCCUCUCUUCACUCCACAUUUUUUACACUCCACUCUUUCAAUCCUCGUAUUCCAAUCUAUGCAUACAACAUUCACUUUUAACAUACGUUCCGUUUCAUACCAAUCCCACAGAUAUUUAUUUAUUUAUAAAAAAAAAAAUAGUUGUAAGUCGCAAUAAAUUACUCUUAAAACAAUAAAAACGUUGUAUUAAAUUCGAUAGAAAAUAAACUGUGACAGU